AUGUCGGAAGUACUCAAGUUUACGCCCAUCGACGAGAUCGAGAAGAUCCGCGAUGAGCUUCGUGCCGGGUUCGCGUCAGGCAAGCUGCGCGACAUCGCGUACAGGAAGUACCAGCUCGUGCGGCUCAUGUACCUCGUCAAGGACAACUCUGUGCGUUUCGAGGAGGCUUUGAAGAAGGACCUGGGCAGGCCGGUGUUGGAGGCUCGUAUGCUCGAGAUUCAUUCGACUAUUGGCGAGGCCAAAACCCAGUGGAAGAACGUGGAGACGUGGGCUAAGCCCUCGAAGCCCCCUUUCAACUUCAACUUCUUUGCCAUGAGGCCAAUCACGAGGAAAGAGCCCAAGGGAACCGUGCUCGUCAUCAGCCCGUUCAACUACCCCGUCUGGCUUUCGCUUGGACCCGUCGCCGGAGCUAUCGCCGCCGGAUGCACAGUCCUCCUCAAGCCUUCGGAAUUGACGCCACACACAAGUGCCCUAAUGACGGAGUUAAUCUCUAAGUACCUCGAUCAUGACGUUGUGCGUGUGGUUAAUGGUGCUAUUCCGGAGACGACGAAGAUCCUGGACCUCCAGUGGGACCAUAUUCUCUAUACUGGUGGAGGAAGGGUCGGCCGUAUCGUUGCCACAGCUGCUGCGAAGUAUCUUACACCUACGACUCUGGAGCUCGGAGGUAAAUCCCCCGUCAUCAUCGACCCAAAGACGGAUGUCAGGCUGGCGGCACGGCGCAUCCUGUGGGGCAAGACCGACAAGUUUAUUGACGCACUCAAAGAAGUCUACGAAGAGUUCUACCCCGACGCCGCCAAGCGCUCCGCCGUCUCUGACUCCUACAGCCGCCUCAUCACCACUCAGGCAACAGCACGCAUUGCCGGCUUGCUCGAGAAGACGCAAGGCAAGGUCGUCUUUGGUGGCGAAGUCGACAAGGACAACAAAUUCAUCGCGCCGACGGCUGUCAGGGAUGUUGGACCUGGGGAUUCGUUGAUGAGCGAGGAGAUCUUUGGCCCGGUGCUGCCUAUUGUGCCUGUGGAUAGCAUUGACGAUGCAAUCAAAUUCAUCAACGAGCGCGAGCACCCGCUGGCGAUCUAUGUUUUUUCGCAAGACGACCAAGUCAAGACCAAGGUCUUCGACAGGACGCAGAGUGGUGCCGUCGUCGCCAACGAGACCGUCAUCCAUCCCGCAGCUGAGGGUUUACCGUUUGGUGGUGUUGGACCCAGCGGAUACGGCAUGCACACCGGCCAGUAUAGCUUUGAUAUGUUCACCCACUUCAGGGCGUCCAUGGAUUCUCCAGGAUGGAUCGAUACCAUCCUCAAGUUCCGCUAUCCUCCCUACAAUGAUGCCAAAGUCAAGGCGACCCUCAACCUUGCGCCCUCCGUUCCCAAGCGUCCCUUAGGACCGCCUACAAAAGGCGGUAGCAAAUGGUGGGGAAAAUGGUUCCUUCUGGCCUUGGCCGUCGCUGCUGCUGGACUGACUCGGGCGAAGAGGUUGAACUAG